AUGGCCAAGGAAGGCCAUGGCUUGGGGGAGGGGCACCCUAUCCCUAGGGCCGGUGCACAAAGAAGGGAUGGCGCCCCUCCCAGCCCUAGCCGCCCCACCUGGUUGUCUACUAGUGGCACCAGCACAGGACUCGGCCGGUUCGCCGCCGCGAGGUUGGCGGCCGCAGCUCGUGGAGGGAGGAGCGUGUCCGCCGCGCCCGGCAUGGAGCACCCACGCGACGACACGCACAACACCAAAGAGUAUAUUGCUUGGUUGAUCACGGACGUGACGAGCCACCCGUUCGGGGUGGCCUACUCCACGAGGUCGGACGAGGAAGGCUUCGGCGGGGUGUACGCGAGGGACGACGACCGGCCGGCGUUCAGCCGUCCAACUGCCGAGGCGCAUCCGACCCAUCCUCCUGACCAUGAUACCUCGCAGGUGAAGGCGGAGAAGGCGCGCCAUCUCAAGGACGACAAGCACGCCACCUAG